UUAUUGAUUACACCGUCCCGUUCUUCUUGACCUAGAUACAUUUAAUUGUGCUCGAUCGUCGUAAUUAUGUCGUGUUAAAGCGAAAUUUAAUUGUUGUGCAUAAUAUAUUAUGUCCAAUAUAUAUUCUAGUCGUUGUUUCAUCGGCUGCAAGAUUAAAUAUUCCACCACAAACUACGAUACGUCCUUAAUCGUUCCCUAACAGGACAAGUCCUUACUGAAAAGAGAAGAUCAGAGUUAAACUGACUGAAAGAAACGUUUGUCAGUCAAAAUAAAAAUGGCCUUUGUUACAGAUGGUACCCUAAUGAAAUGGGAAGAGAUUAAACCCUAUAUUCCACAUAUCAAAAAACAAGCAAGAAGGCAGUUUGUUCAUCAGUAUAACAAAUAUAAGGACCCCAAAAAUUUUCCGUUUUAUUGGGGCGACGAGAUUGAAUAUUCGUUAAUACGAUUUGACCAUGAAAAACGAGUUGUCCAGUUACUGUUGAAUUCCAUGUCCUUACUUGAAUCUCCAGAAGUGAAGGGAUCAGAAUCAAGCCUAUGGACUCCAGAGUAUACCGAAUACAUGAUGGAAGGCAAACCCAGGAACCCUUUUGGUUGUUCAAUCACUGAUUUGAAUCAUACAGAAGAACAUUUUAAAGAAAGACGUAAAUCAAUAAAGCAAUUGUUGGGCCCAGACCAAAGUCUGGUUACUUUAACAGCUUUUCCCAGAUUGGGUUGUCCUAAUUUCACUUUUCCCUCUUAUGAAGCAAACAAACAUGUAACUGAAAUUCACCAAUCAGUUUUCAUAGCAGAUGCUGCACUGUGUUUCCAGCAUCCUGUAUAUAGAGAUCGAAUUAAAAAUAUGGUGUACAGAAGGAAAGAAAGAACUGCAACCAAUGUACCGCUUUAUAAAGAUAAAAAUACCAUGAUGCCAUACGGGGAAGACUUGUCUGAAUAUGGCAACAAUGAAGAGAUGAAGAAAUCAUUGAAACCAGGCCAUAUUUACAUGGAUUCCUUUACAUUUGGGGCUGGUUGCUGUUCCCUCCAAGUUACAUUUCAAGCUGCUGAUAUAAAAGAAGCUGCUUAUCUUUAUGAUAAUCUGGUACCUCUUACUCCAAUUAUGUUAGCUCUAACAGCAGCUGCUCCAGUUUAUCGAGGACUUUUGUCUGAUACCGACUGUCGCUGGUGUACUAUUUCUCAGUCUUGUGAUGACCGUACCAGACAAGAACGGGGUUUAGAACCUUUGACAAAUGGUAACAUUUUGAUGAAGAAAUCCCGUUAUGAUACAGUAAGCAGUUACCUUUCUGUGAGUGACCAAUUUUAUAAUGAUUAUGAUUUCACUUAUGAUCCUGAGCAGUAUGAAUUAUUGAAAGCUGAAGGUGUUGAUGAAAUGAUGUCCAAAUACGUUGCCCAACUCCUGGUCAGAGACCCAAUCGCUUUAUACAAAGAGAAGAUCGAUCAAGACAUAAUGAAAGAUACAGAUCACAUUCAGGCCGUCAUUGGAAGUAAUUGGCAAAGCCUAAAACUGAAACUUCCUGAUGAGAAAUCUGGAUGGAAAAUAGAAUUCAGGACAAUGGAGCUUCAAUUGACCGACUUUGAAAAUGCUGCCCUUGUUGUAUUUAUGGUCCUUCUUACCCGAGCCAUUGUUACCUUCAAAUUGAACCUUUUGAUCCCAAUAACAAAGGUUGAUGAAAACUUCACAUCAGCACAAAAGCGGGAUUCCACUAAUACAGAAAAGUUUCACUUCAGAGAAGUUCAAAAUGAAUUUACCAGUUGUGAGGUAACCCAUGAAAUUUACUCCCUGAUGACUUUAAAUGAAAUCAUGAAUGGAAAGGAUGAUUUCCCUGGUUUAAUUCCUCUCAUACACAAAUAUCUUGAUCAUGUUGACUACGAUUCCAGUAAAAGACCUAAAAUAAUGCAAUACCUGAAAUUUCUCUCAGACAAAGCUGCAGGAAAGAUAAUGACAAUGGCCCAAUGGACAAGACAGUUUGUAAGAAAUCAUGAAGAUUACAAGAAUGAUCUGUUUGUCAGUGAGAGAAUCGCUUAUGAUUUUAUGAUGGAAUGUGAAAAGAUUGUCAACAGUGAAGAACGAUUUCCACAAGCUUUUAUCAGGAGUUAAGGAAACAUUUUAAGAACUUUAUCGCAUAUAUUAACUGAGCUACAGAGAACGUUGUCUACAUAACCAACUAAUUUACAUCACACUAACUAAACAGGAUAUAUAUAUAUAU